CACGUUACGGUUCUUUGAAUAGACUCUCUGCUUCUCCUUCGGAUAAGGCUAAUGGUUCAAAACUGGCAUCGCUUCAGCAACUAUUGAAGGUUGCUUACGUUCUGCAAUUGGUUAGAAGCUUUGCCUGAACUAUCUCUUCAUAUCAAGAAGGAAACAUGGAGAUCAGUAGCAGUGAAAAGGGUAGCAUUUUGGGGUUCUUCCGGGAAAGAGGCUUUGAUGAUAAAAACAUCCAUGAAAUGUUCAAAAGAUGCAAGCGCUUAGAGGGCAUAGAGACAGAGAGAGCCUCUGAGAAUUGGGCUUACUUGAAAAGCAUUGGGAUUCAAGAGAGGAAACUUCCAUCUGUUGUUUCAAAGUGCCCCAGGAUCCUCACCCUUGGCUUGAAUGAGAAGCUUGUGCCAAUGGUUCAGUGCCUUGCAACCCUGGGGACAAAACAGAGUGAGGUAACAUCUGCUAUAACAAGGUUUCCUCACUUACUCUCCCAUAGUGUGGAAGAGAAGCUUUGUCCUCUAUUAGCCUUCUUUCAGGCAUUGGGAGUUCCUGAAAAGCAAGUGGGUAAGUUGCUGCUGCUCAAUCCAAGGCUCAUCAGCUAUAGCAUUGAAUCAAAACUAACUCAAAUUGUGGAUUUUCUUGGUAGCCUGGGUCUGAGCAAGGAAGGAAUGAUUGGCAAGGUUUUGGUGAAGAACCCAUUUAUUAUGGGUUACAGUGUUGACAAAAGGCUCCGCCCUACAUCAUUGUUUCUGAAGUCAAUAGGUCUAACAGAGGCUGAUCUCCAAAGAGUGACAAUGAGCUUCCCCGAAGUUUUGUGUAGAGAUGUCGAGAAAGUUUUGAAACCCAAUUUCACUUAUCUGAAGAAAUGUGGUUUUGGAGAUGGACAGGUUCCAGUUUUGAUUACCGGCUAUCCCCCUAUUUUAAUUAAGAGUAUUAGAAAUUCUUUAGAGCCGAGAAUUAGGUACUUGGUAGAAGUGAUGGGAAGACAAAUUGAUGAAGUGGUAGAAUACCCCGACUUCUUUCGACAUGGUCUGAAAAAGAGAUUGGAGUUGAGGCAGAGGCUUUUGAAACAGAGGAACAUAGAUUGCAGCUUAAGUGAAAUGCUGGAAUGUAAUCAAAAGAAGUUUGUUUUGAAGUUUGGUUUGAUAGAUGGACUUACCUGAUGUAUUAUGGUCAUUACCUCUUUUUUUCUGUGAUAUUUUAGCUUCUUCUGAACUCAUGGUCCUGGGAGUUUCCCUCUUGCAAAAUGGAGUGUAUUGUGCAUGCAUUUCGUUCAGGAUAUAUCAAUAUGAGCAUCAAUGUAUGUUUCAA